AUGAAGGCUCAUGACCGAGCUGAAUUCAUCAAAGCCAUGUACAAAGAACUUGGCGAUCACAUUGGAAGAAAGAAUUGGAAGGUUGUACCCAUCAAGAGUAUUCCAACAUACAGUGGCAAAAGAGCAAUUCCCAUGGUUUGGGCGAUGAAAAGAAAGAAGAACCCCCUUGGGGAGAUAAUCAAAUGGAAAGCUAGCUUGUGCGCUGGCGGCCAUCGAUCCAUUGAGAAUGUUGAUUACUGGGAUACAUAUGCGCCCGUGGUGUCAUGGAGCACUGUACGCCUCAUGGUCAUCUUUGCCCUAAUCAACAACUGGCAUAUGGAAUCAAUCGACUUUGUCCUAGCAUAUCCGCAAGCUCCUAUCAAGACCGACAUCUUCAUGCAACCACCAAGAGUUCCUCCAAAGUUUGUGAUUCCUGAUAUGCCUCGGCCAGGCGACCGGUUCACCAGUGUGUACAAGUUAUUGCAGAAUUUAUAUGGACUCAAAGACGCGGGACGAACAUGGGGUCAAUUUCUCCACAAGGGAUUGAUCGAUCGCGGAUGA